AUGGCGCAAUACUACCCGCAACAGCAACAGCAGGGCUAUGCCCCUCAAAGCUCGGCUCAAAACCUCCAGUUCUUCCCCUCAACCUACUCCGCAGUCUCUGGACAUACUACCCCUUCACAAGCGUCCUAUGGUACUGGAUUUGGCGGCGCACCCAAUCCGGCAUCGCAGGCCUAUACCGCUGGUGGAUAUGGUGGCUUCGGCUCGGCUGCUGCCGGCGUGAGCGGGAGGAUGGGAGAGCAGGGUGGUUUGAGGACUGGCUGGUUGGCUGCGUUUGGGACGGAGGGCUAUGAUGGUGAACCGCCGCUGUUAGAAGAGCUGGGAGUUAACUUUGAGCAUAUUCGAACAAAGGUGAGUUGGGCACAAUUGGGUCCAGAAGGGACGAACGCGCGGACUAGAUACCAUGCGAUAUGA